UGUACGAUCUUCAUAAACACAGUGUAAAUCUCGCUUCAGGACUUGUACCCUAAGAGGUAAAAAUAAAGUCCACUAUAGUCAGAUUUCUUCAUAGCCAUUAGACAGAUGAGAGAGACAGAGAUACUUUAUGUGCAGAAAAAUACGUAUGAAUCUAUAGAUACAGAUAGAUAUAUCUAAAUGUGCGCCUAUACAUACAUUUGAAUAUUUGUAGAGAGAGAGGAAUGAGUGAUCGAGGGUUGGACAGAGAAGAGAGAGUUUAAGAGAGAGAAACUGUUCGGAUUGGUAUUCGUCGACCGCCUUAAAGCUUCUUUAGAAAAGAAGAGAGAGAAGAAAAACCUAGAAACUCGUAAAAUUUGGAUGUGUUUGAAUCAGAGGAUUUGAAGUUGUGAUUUUCGACAUUUAGGGUUUGAAUUGGAUUGGAAAUGUUGAUCCGAAAUGCGCAUGGUUGAGAAUUGGAGCUCCGAUAAGCUUAAGAAUCUAGGGUUUCGAGGUGGGGGAUAUGGACGUGGAUUCAGCGAUGUCAUCGGAAUCCGAUCACGAUCAGAAUAACGGCGCGUCGUCGGAGCAGCUAAACGGCCAGUCAUCUGCUGGAGGAUCUCCGCCGGAGACUCCUCAGGAUCAGCAGCAUCCGGCAACUUCUCAGCAGCAGCAGGGCAGUACUCCGGUGGUGGGGCCGAGGUGUGCUCCGACGUACUCGGUGGUGCACGCUGUUCUAGAGAAGGAGGAGGAUGGUCCAGGGCCGAGGUGUGGGCAUACCUUAACGGCUGUACCGGCGGUUGGAGAGGAGGGUAGCCCCAAUUACAGUGGUCCCAGGCUUAUUCUCUUUGGUGGUGCAACUGCGCUUGAAGGGAAUUCUGCUGCUUCAGGGACUCCUUCUUCUGCUGGAAGUGCUGGAAUUCGUUUAGCAGGUGCUACAGCUGAUGUACACUGCUAUGAUGUUUUGACAAAUAAAUGGUCUAGGAUGACUCCUAUAGGUGAGCCACCCACGCCAAGGGCUGCUCAUGUUGCUACAGCUGUUGGAACCAUGGUUGUUAUUCAGGGUGGAAUUGGUCCAGCUGGUUUGUCCGCUGAGGAUCUUCAUGUUCUGGACCUUACACAACAACGCCCACGAUGGCACAGGGUUGUGGUCCAAGGACCUGGUCCAGGGCCACGUUAUGGCCAUGUCAUGGCUUUGGUAGGGCAAAGAUAUCUCAUGGCUAUUGGUGGAAAUGAUGGAAAACGGCCUCUAGCGGAUGUUUGGGCUUUGGACACAGCUGCCAAGCCAUAUGAAUGGCGCAAAUUAGAACCUGAGGGUGAAGGUCCACCUCCUUGCAUGUACGCAACUGCAAGUGCGCGAUCUGAUGGUCUUCUUCUGCUUUGUGGAGGAAGGGAUGCCAAUAGUGUGCCACUGGCCAGCGCAUAUGGACUUGCCAAGCAUAGAGAUGGGCGCUGGGAAUGGGCCAUUGCUCCUGGUGUGUCACCGUCCUCUAGAUAUCAACAUGCUGCUGUUUUUGUUAAUGCUCGGCUCCAUGUAUCUGGAGGGGCACUUGGUGGUGGACGCAUGGUGGAGGAUUCAUCUAGUAUAGCAGUUCUUGAUACUGCCGCAGGAGUGUGGUGUGACACGAAGUCUGUUGUCACUAGUCCUAGAACUGGCAGAUACAGUGCAGAUGCAGCUGGGGGAGAUGCUGCAGUUGAAUUGACCAGACGUUGUAGACAUGCGGCUGCUGCUGUUGGUGACUUGAUAUUUAUUUAUGGUGGUCUGCGUGGUGGGGUAUUGCUAGAUGACUUGCUUGUUGCCGAAGACUUGGCCGCUGCUGAAACAACUAGUGCAGCUUCACAUGUAGCUGCUGCAGCUGCUGGGAGGAUAGCAGGAAGGUAUGGGUUUGGUGAUGAAAGAACAAGGCAAACAGACCCUGAGGUAGUUAAUGAUGGCUCAGUUGUACUGGGAACUCCUGUUGCACCCCCUAUAAAUGGUGAUACAUAUUCUGAUAUAAGCACUGAAAAUGCGACGCUUCAAGGAUCUCGGAGACUCAUCAAAGGUGUUGAAUAUCUAGUGGAGGCUUCUGCCGCAGAAGCUGAGGCUAUUACUGCCACCCUAGCAGCUGCAAAAGCUCGACAACAAGGUAAUGGAGAAGUUGAACUUCCAGACAGGGAUCGUGGAGCAGAGGCAACGCCAAGUGGAAAACAGACGCCUUCUUUGAUCAAGCCCGAUUCUGUCCCAGCUGGAGUCCGGCUACAUCACCGUGCUGUGGUUGUAGCUGCAGAGACUGGUGGAGCUCUUGGUGGCAUGGUACGACAGCUUUCGAUUGAUCAGUUCGAAAAUGAAGGCAGGCGAGUCAGUUAUGGAACCCCAGAAAAUGCAACAGCAGCAAGAAAACUAUUGGAUCGUCAAAUGUCCAUCAACAGUGUUCCCAAAAAGGUGAUUGCCCAUCUUUUGAAGCCUCGUGGCUGGAAGCCGCCUGUUCGGCGGCAAUUUUUCUUGGACUGCAAUGAGAUGGCUGAUCUUUGUGACAGUGCCGAAAGGAUAUUUGCUAGUGAACCUAGUGUUUUACAGCUUAGGGCUCCUAUUAAGAUAUUUGGUGACUUGCAUGGCCAAUUUGGGGAUCUUAUGCGUCUUUUCGAUGAGUAUGGUUCCCCAUCGACUGCUGGGGAUAUAUCGUAUAUUGACUACCUCUUCUUAGGAGAUUAUGUUGACAGGGGCCAGCACAGUUUGGAAACGAUAACUCUUCUUCUUGCUUUAAAGGUUGAGUAUCCCCUCAAUGUACAUCUAAUUCGUGGGAACCAUGAAGCUUCAGAUAUUAAUGCGCUUUUCGGCUUUCGAAUUGAGUGCAUCGAACGGAUGGGUGAGCGAGAUGGAAUUUGGGCAUGGCAUCGAUUUAAUAGAUUGUUCAACUGGCUUCCUCUGGCAGCACUAAUCGAGAAAAAGAUAAUCUGUAUGCAUGGUGGUAUUGGAAGGUCAAUUAAUCAUGUUGAACAAAUAGAAAAUAUUCAGCGUCCUAUCACUAUGGAUGCUGGCUCAAUUGUUCUUAUGGAUUUAUUGUGGUCUGACCCAACAGAAAAUGAUAGCGUUGAAGGAUUAAGACCAAAUGCAAGAGGUCCAGGGUUGGUCACUUUUGGGCCUGAUCGUGUGAUGGAAUUCUGCAACAACAAUGAUCUUCAACUGAUAGUCCGGGCGCAUGAAUGUGUGAUGGAUGGAUUUGAACGAUUUGCUCAGGGACAUUUAAUUACACUUUUUUCAGCCACUAAUUACUGUGGUACUGCUAAUAACGCUGGUGCUAUCUUGGUAUUGGGUAGAGAUCUUGUCGUGGUUCCAAAACUUAUUCACCCGCUGCCACCAGCAACAUCUCCUGAAACUUCACCUGAGCGGCAUAUAGAGGACACUUGGAUGCAGGAGCUAAAUGCUAACAGACCACCUACACCAACUAGAGGACGUCCUCAAGUUGCCAACGAUCGAGUGAUUUGUACAUAGCACGACACCAUUCAGAGAGUUCCAUGGAGAUACUUAUCCUCUUGAAAAGUUGAAGGCUUGAGGCAACUUGGGGAUUCUUCCACAGAAAAGAUGCUUUCAGAGGAUCAGAUUUGGAUAUUGGAGGUUGCAGGCGCAUGGUCUAUUCAUCAUGAUGCAGAGCAGUUCGGGCUUUCCAAUAGUUGCCCUUUGUACAUUGAGCCAGAAGCAGGUAGAAGGAUGUUAUCAUGAUGCAAAGACAGUUCCGGGGUGGGUUUUUUAUUGUAUUUUAUUCCUUGUUAAGAGCCAGUUCUGAGUGGGCAGUGCUGGGUUUUUAUUGUAUUCCUACAUAAAUUUUUCCUCGUUUAGGGUGUAUCAUUUUUUUCUACGAUAGAAAAGGACUGAGUCCCCCACAUAUCAUUGCUGAGUAUAUAAUCCUGAAGAUCGCUGUCGUAAUUCAUGUAUCAUAGAGGUGGUUGCUUUGUGUAAUUGUAUUGCUGCCUUGUAAAAUGUUACUUCCACUGUGAACAAGAAAAAGAUGCGAAAAAAUAGCUAGUCAUCUACUAUUUAUCCUGUUUA